CGGCGCAAUAUUGCUGUUAAGCCCGACUACUUCCGCCGUCAGCACGCAUUCCGAGGUUUUCUUACCAAUAACAACACCAUUCACCACCUCACUCAGUCUCUCUUUCUGCCAAGCAACAUACCAUUGCGUGAGACCGCCGCUGCAAAAGAGCUGCUUCGCGUGCAGACAUUGGGCCUUGGCUGUUCACCAGGAGACCUUGCCCUUGCCGACCCGAGCUUCGAGAGCUCUCGCUGAAGAGCAUUCGCCGCCACCAUGGACGUCGUCCUCGAAGUCUUCGACACCUUCCUCUUCGAUCGCAUCUACGCCAAUGCCCUGCCCAUAUCACCCAGCGUAUCGACCUUCGACCCUGUGUCCACCCUCGCCGCCAGUCUGAAAGGCUUCGCCAGCAAUGAGUCGGCAUUCAACAACUUCUCCCAAGAAGCCUCUCUGGCCCGCUCAACAUGGCAAUGGGAGCCUUCGAACUCGUACUUCUCAUUACAACCCAGCGAAUUCGCGUAUCUGAGCCGGUGGGACCGCGACAACAUCUACCGACAGUUUCUGAGUUUCUACAUAAUAACAUGGAUAUUUGGCAUGGUCAUCUACUUCACAUGUGCGUCGCUGAGCUAUAUCUUCGUCUUCGACAAGACGACAUUCCAACAUCCAAAGUACCUCAAAAACCAAAUGCGCAUGGAGAUUCGACAAACGGUUGAAUCAAUCCCGAUCAUGGCAAUCUUCACAGUGCCCUUCUUCGUCGCAGAAGUGCGAGGCUACUCCUUCAUCUACGACAGUGCGGCAAACCCAGCAUUCACCCACCCUCUGCUGAACCUCCUUGGCGGCUGGUACAACUACCUGCAGUUCCCGUUGUUCUUGAUGUUUACCGAUUUCUGCAUCUACUGGAUUCACCGUGGUCUGCACCACCCGCGCAUCUACAAGACGCUCCACAAGCCUCACCACAAGUGGAUCAUGCCAACGCCCUUCGCCUCGCACGCUUUCCACCCACUCGACGGCUACAGUCAGAGCGUGCCAUACCACCUCUUCCCAUUCAUCUUUCCACUCCAGAAGUUCGCCUACAUCGCCCUCUUCACCUUCAUCCAGAUCUGGACAGUCAUGAUCCACGACGGUGAAUACGUCGCGAACUCGCCAAUCAUCAACGGCGCCGCAUGCCACACGAUGCACCACCUCUACUUCAACUACAACUACGGGCAAUUCACAACACUGUGGGACCGCCUAGGUGGCAGCUACCGAAAGCCAAACGACGAGCUAUUCCGACGAGAAGAGAAGAUGAGCGAUAGCGAGUGGAAGAGACAGACAAAGGAGAUGGAGAGAAUGGUGAUUGAAGUGGAAGGCAAGGAUGACAGAAGCUAUGGUCCUCCUGAAACUGUUAAGAAAGUGCAAUAGAUGGGUCAUGGGACGAUCUCUUAUGAACAGAAACUGCGCCUGCGCAGAUUCGCGGCGUUUUGACAAGCGGGAAAAGAGCAGCUUUCGUAGCAUUUGCAUGAAUCAGGCGCAUUAUGGGAAUCAUUGGGAUGGGGAGACUUCUUCAUAAGACGAUCAAUUUGGAUUGUCUCGUGCUGUCUUGAGGAUAGCAUAUGGGUGGCCAGCGCUGCUCUUAUUUAAUGACACAGAUCAAUGAGAAUAUGAUCGUGUUGGCAAUGUUGUUUUCUUUUUUGGUUCUCUCGAGGGUACGUUGGUGCAACUCACCCUGUCAUAGCAGAGAUCUUGUAUGCGGUCAUGCUGCCAUCGAAUUGCUUACAAACGAUAGUGAAUCAAGAUAGAUCGCGGACAGCAAUCUACAGUACAGUAUAAGGACCGUGGCGAUAUACAUGCUGGCAAUGGUGAAUUCGACUCUAGCAAAGGUAUAUAUCUCACGCAUUCUAGUAUCAACGAAUAUAAUCAGCAAGAACAUUCGAAGCGCACGGUACUCGCUGG